UACAGUCAGGAACAGGCAGCCAAAGCUGUUUUGGCUGACUGGGUGAGUGGGAAGAUCAGCUUCUAUACACUGCCACCUGCCACCCACACUUUGCCUGCUCAUCUCAGUGCUGAGAUCAUUAAGGAGAUGACUGAAGUCUUUGACAUUGAGGAUACCGAGCAGGCCAAUGAAGAUACCAUGGAAUGCUUGGCCACUGGAGAAUCAGAUGAACUGUUGGGUGAUGUGGACCCGCUUGAAAUGGAGAUCAAGUGGCUCCAUUCUCCGAUGAUGAAAAUAGCAGAUGCCAUGGAAAAUAAAACCACCGUGUAUAAGAUUGGAGAUCUUACUGGGUAUUGCACCAAUCCAAACCGUCAUCAGAUGGGGUGGGCUAAACGCAAUGUGGACCAACGCCCCAGGAAUAAUAGCACUGUGGACAUCUGCCCUGUGGACCGCCGUCCAAUGCUGCAGAGGAUCAUGGAGACAGACCCCCUGCAGCAGGGCCAGGCUCUGGCAUUUGCCCUGAAGAAUAAGAAGAAGAUGCAGAAGCGUACUGAUAAACUCGCCAGCAAGUUGUCUGAUUCCAUGAUGUCUGUCCUCGACCUCUCUGGCAACGCUGAUGACAGUGCUGGUGACUGAUCGACUAAUCUCACCCCCCUUUCCCCUCCAAGCACCAGUUCCAGUGGGAUGAUGGAAUACAGAUGAAAUGGUGUGCUUCUCCCUGAAGCACCUGCAUAUUAAAAGAACUCCUCCCCCACCAUGUCCCCUUCUCACUGUUCCCUCCAUUUUUCAAGAAAAAAGAGUCCCAAGUUGCCGGAGCUGGCAAACCUAAUACUCUUUAUUUAACCCCUACUCUGUUUUUCAAGGGAAAUAAAAUUAUCAGCAGAUCCCUGA